UCGAGAUUUCUUAUUUCUGCUCUGGUAAAUCUGUCGUCUCAGUCAGUGAGCCAGCGAAGGGCGAGCCGUGCACCAGUGACCGCGUUCGCGCCUCCUCUUUUUGCCGCCGCGCCGGAACAUCCUCGCCAAGGCGCGGACACCUCGCGGGUGCACCUAACCUGCAAAACCUGCGCCACCCCCGCGCGCUCGCGAUAAGCGGAACCGUCACCUCCGCAUCCGCGAUGUCACCGACGUGACCCGCGAUCCGCGGGCCUUCUGUGACUCGGCCGGCCUUUUUCUCGGGAAACGCAAGAUACUUCAGACGAGACGGCGUCGUAACAACUGGCUCGCCGAUGGAUUCGAUCGUACUAGAGAACAACGGUGGCAGAAUCGGCGGUGGAGUGCCGGCCGCGCAGCAACAGCAGCACCAUCACCAACAGCAGCAGCACCAGCAUCAGCAACAGCAGCAACAACAGCAGUAUGGCGAGGUGAACCAGCUAGGAGGUGUAUUCGUCAAUGGCAGGCCGCUUCCCAACGCGGUUCGUCUGCGCAUCGUCGAGCUGGCCCAGCUGGGCAUCAGACCUUGCGACAUCUCCAGGCAGCUCCGUGUGAGCCACGGCUGCGUCAGCAAGAUCCUGGCGCGAUAUCACGAGACAGGGAGCAUCCUUCCAGGAGCGAUAGGCGGGAGCAAGCCGCGAGUCACCACGCCUAAAGUCGUGCAAUACAUCAAGCAGCUCAAACUAAAGGACCCCGGCAUCUUCGCCUGGGAGAUCCGCGACCGACUUCUCUCGGACGGAGUCUGCGACAAGUACAACGUGCCCUCGGUCUCCAGCAUCUCCAGGAUCCUGCGGAACAAGGUGGGCGCCACCGCCGCGGCCGCGGCCGCCGCCAUCCACCAUCAUCAUCCACACCAUCCUGCCCAUCACCACCAUCAUCACCAUCACCACCUGUACGCCGCGGCGGCCGCCGCCGCCGCCGGAGCCGCCCUCUGCCCGGUUCCGUAUCCGCCCACGCCCUACCACGCGGCGCCACCGUCGGCCGUCGCCCAUCACCAUCACCACCAUCAAGUGGGACUGACUUCGCCGUCGGCGACGAAGCUGUCCCCGUCACCUCCGACGCCGACGACCGCGAGCCACCAGCCUAACAACGUCAACUCCCUGCAAUGGCCCAGUCCGCACACGGUGCACGACAUCCUGGCCAACAGCGUCACGGCCCUGCCGAACUCCUCCACGAGUUCCUCCUCCUCGUCGACCUCUUCCCUUUGCCCCGUCGUUAACAACCAUCACCACCACAACAAUAACGAAAACGAGUCGCCGCCUGGUAACUACCAUCCGCACCCCCACCAUCAUCAUCAACAGUAUUACGCAUCGACGCUUUACCAUCACCAUCAUCAUCAUCCGAGUGCCGCGACCAGUGCAGUCACGGCCACGGCAGCCACCCCACAUCCUGGACAACCGGGCAUGAUGCAGGCUUCCAGUACUAGCCAGCCAGCUAGUCCUUGUAAUUGAGAAAGGUGGAGCGAAGAACGUCCGAGGUGGUCUUGGAGAGCGACGAGGACCAGGACUUAUCUGAGAUCAUCCGAGAUCUUCCAGGACCUCCUAAGACCCUUCUUGGACACCCAGACGGGGUCGGUUGACCUAUACGCCCAGUGAUUUGUAUAGACUGACUCUGCGACUCUUUCCCCCCAAAGACGAGAUCGUCGCUGGACUCUUCAGCGUGAAAGGUAGACAUUGAAUAUUCUUAUAAUACUGGGUUGGCACCACGAGGUCGUCGGUCGAGGCUUCGGACUGCGAUGACUGAUAACGGAAUCCUGGGGAAAUCUGUAUGUCGUGGCACCCGGGAAGUCGUGCUCGAAAAUUGAAAUUUUACUCGACGGCACUUAUCCGCGAAUUGCCAAUGAAUUUAACAGAAGGGUCAUAUCUCGCGUGUAAUUGGCAGAUCACCUGCAGACCCGUCUCGCACGUUCAGCUUGGUACGAGCACGAGGAUCGCGAAAUCUUAUGAGGGUUGCUCCGGUAAAUUGGCAGCUGCCUUUGCUAUAAUCAUUUCAAGCCUCUUGACCUCGAUCCGAGAUGCGAGACAGCCCUAGCAAUCAUUGGGUAAUUGUCUUGUCGCGGUGGUAACGGAUUUGAUAGUCGAUCGGUUUUGAAUUCGAUUUCCUCGGUCUCUCUGUUUCCAGCAUAGAGGUGCAGUUAUAACAAUGCGCGCGUGUAGUCGCGAUUCGAGGGGGCUCGCGGAUUUAGUUGUCCACGCGCGCGAUAAAUCAGAUUCCUAAUCGACGAAGGCACAAAGUAGGUAUUCAAUUUGCUCGGUGCUUACAGGGCGCCCUAAUUAAUGCGCCACGAUAUACAGGUCGUUACAGCAGCUCCUGUUAUAACAGUCGCUAGUGCCGUCUCGACGCAAUAGGUACUCUCGACCGAGGCAGGUACAUAUAUAGUACAGACGAGAAUAAUUACUUGUAAGAGGAACGAUCGGCCCGGUGGGUGUGCGUAUACUAUGUGUACAGUACGUAGAUUAUUGUGAGCGUAAGUUAUGGCGACGUUAUGAUUAAUAUUAUUUAUUGAGUCCGCGAAGUGGUCGCGACAUCGCGCUCGGAUUGAGAGCUCCGCGCCUCGUACGGCUCGGCGUUAAUUUAUUCGGUUUUAAUCUUCUUUUCUCUCUUUUCUUUUUUUUCUCUUUUUCCUUUCCACCACCUAUAGAACCGUGCUUCCAGCUCCGGGACCGGAAGCACGGGGUGGAGGCAGUGGACUGCUAAAGUUGUUUCACGCCGUGCAAAGAAAACGAGAGGAAAACGACUGGGGUAUUUUACUCUAAUGCCGCGAUCAAUCUACGUGCCGAGGCGAAGUUGCUGCAACGGUCUCGGUAGAUUCGACUUUUCGGAUUUUAAGAAACGCGCCCGAUGUCUUUUAGUCCCUGUUAGAACGGACUAACGAGUUCGAGUGUCGCUGGCUACUGUGAAACUCCCUCGGAAGGAACCGCACUGGCAAAAAGGCCAAUUUGUCAGACCAGUGAAAGCUUCGAGCCCGUCUUUAUGGGUCGAGUACAUCCGGGCACGAGCCGAGGGCACGUUUUUUAGAAUCCUAGACCUCUUCGCCAGGGCAUGGGAAGAAAAAAGAAAUUCCACGGGAAUGUUAUUCCCUCCAAUUUCCAUGGAACGCAUCCGAGCCCCCUCGGAUGCGCCGUCCGAAUUCCAUACGCGCUUUCGAAUGCUUCCAUCCCAUCAGCUGAUCCGUCUCGCGGUUGAUAAGUAAUAACAAAUAAAAAACGAAAUGAUGCCCACUGCAGCAGCUCGCUCCCGGGACGACGAUUUAGGAGACUCGUUUAAAGAUCCUCGGUAAAAGUGCAAUUAAUCAUCGGCUGGACCAGUCAAAAUAUUUUACGAUGUAACGAUAGAGUUUAUGUACGAUAGUUCUCCUUAUGAUCGACCAAAGCUGACCUGCCCUCUUUUCUCGUGUUCGCGGUCCUCGCUCUUGCUAGAGAACCAUGUAUUAUAUGUGCUUCCUUCCGCGAGGAAGAGGGGAAAAAAAAUAGGGAACGCCGUUAAAAAUAACCUCAUUGUGCCGGGGAUCGUUGACCCAGCCUGGAUUCUACCAUAAAGGAACGUGGACACCGUAAAACGGCAUCGGGUCCACCUAUCUUCCUUUUUUUUCGGCGAAAUCGCGCGGCAUAUUAUUUUCAACGGCGUAUUCGGUGGAUCAUGUGCACACGUCGGAGGGUGGCAUUGCUUUCGGAGAUCCCGAGGGCAAUGGAUCGCUUAAGCGCGAAUUAAUUCCGUUUAAGUGCGUCAGAUAAUGCCUCGCGCGUUGAUAAUGCCGAACGCUCUUCAUAUACCGCGUACGCGUCCGUAUACCGCCUGCGUCUUGUUCCGACAAAUCAUCAUACACAAUCGACGAUCACAUAUCGCGUUUCCAUCUCGAUGCCUAACUUUUACAUAUUUUACAAUUAUAUCCGUCCGUCUGAACGAUGAUCGAGUUACCUAGAAAAGCGCGCUAGCCUAUUCCGAGCAUCAGAGAAAAGCCUCGGCCAAAGCGCGCCCAUUGUCACUGAUGCAUUGUCACGAGUUAAUCUCGAGAGAGCGAAAAUAAUAGGAAAACGAUAUUUCACACGAGAGGGAGAAAACGAAAAAAAAAUAUGAAAAAGGACCGACGAGCGAACUCGACGCGAGUUCGAGAACGUCUCUACGUAUGGCCCGAUGUACGCGUAACGAGAGUGGCGC